UCUUCUCUCUCUCUUUUCCUUCAGUUCUUCUUCGCUGGGCGAUGCUUGGCCUCAUCGUGCUCUGCUACGUCUUCUGCCCCCCGCAUCAUCGCCCGUCUCCCCUCUUCGCUCGAUUCUAGGGUUUCCUGUCUCUGCCGCGAUCGCCGUAGCCUCCCGGCAAGCCAUGGCGACGCUGGAAGCGAUCGCCGAGGCGAUCAAGCUCAUAGGCGCCAAGAAGGCGAGCCUCCGGAAGGCGUUCGACGAUCUCCAAGCCCAAUCCUCCCUCCUCUCCUCCUUCUCCCUCUCCUGGUCCGACGUCGAAUCUCACUUCGCCGCCGUCGAGGCCUCCGUCGCUCAGAAGUUCGAGCUCCUCGAGUCGCUCGAGUCCGCUCACCAGCGGCAGCAGCAAGGAGGGCAGAAACGAGAGGAAGAAGCGGCGUCGAAUGCUCGUCCCGACCCGCACGCCCCCGUCGUAACCGAAUCGGCGGCGACGCGAGCUGAGCCGAUUACCUCACCCGGCGACGCAGAUGCUAACGAGCCUCCUCCGCCGCCGUCGUCGUCCGGUCCUCCGAGCCAAUGCCCCGUCGAGCCGCGACCCGAGCUGAAGGUACUGUGCUCGAAUAUGGACAGUUUAGGGUUAAGGAAUUACAUAGCUAGACACCAUGUGGAGCGUGACCAAUUGCGUGCCGAGCUUUCCGGCGCGUUAGGUUUGGCUCCUGAGCCUGGGAAGUUGGUUCUAGGUGCGAUGGAAGGGUUUUAUGGUGAUCGUGUUACGGAGCGGGACUUGAUGGUUGUUAGGAGGAACUGUGUGUUUCUUUUGGAAGUGCUGAUGAGAGCUCGCCCGAGUUUGAGCGACGAAGCGCGCGAGAGCUCGAAGAAGGUGGCGUUGGAUUGGAAGGGGAAGGUGAACCCGGAGGGUCCCCGACAUCCGAUGCAAGUGUUGGGUUUGCUGGAUUUGGUGGCAGCUUAUGGAUUGAUGUCUGAAUUCAGUGUGGAUGAGCUCGUUGAUUACUGUGUGGUUAUUGCACAUUUUGCUCAAUCGAGAGAGUUGUGUCGGGCCUUGGGGAUGGAAGAUAAAGUUCCAGAUCUCAUUGAAAAACUUAUAAGCAAGAGAAAAUACACACAGGCGGUCAAAUUUAUUUUUGACUUUGGGCUGACUGAGAAGUUCCCACCUGUCCCCCUUUUGAAAAAUUUUGUAAAGGAGUCUAAGAAGCUUGCUAGGAAAGUUUCCAAGGAUGGAAACAACUCUCGCAAGUCACAGAACGCAGCCAUGGCCCAAGAAAUCAUUGCAUUGAAGUCUGUAGUUAAGGUCUUAGAAGAGCGCAAACUCGAUUCCGAGUUUCGAGCAACCCUUGAAAGACGUAUUCAGCUUCUAGAGAAGCUGAAGGCAGAGAAAUUCCCUGCGGUGGCUACUGCUACUAAGCCUCAGCAGCAGCUGCAAAAGCAAAUGGUAAAGCCACAAUUUAGUGGGAUAAAGCGACCAAGGCCUAGAGCAUCUGUUGGUUCUAUUGCAGCCUCAUCGAAAAUUGCUGGUCCCACCUCGGCUGCUGCCAACUUCCAGCAAGCUCAUCCACAGACUGUUUCUGUAGCACCUGCUUCAUACUUGAGCACGCCUGCUGGAAUUUAUGGCAUGGCGGGAAAUAACCCGGCAAUUGCCCCUUAUGCGGGGUCAUCCAAUGGGUUAUACGGUUUGGCUGGUGCCUCUAUGGGUUUCCCAGGGGAUCCAUGCCCUGCACGACCUUAUUUGUAUGCAUCAGAAUCACAGAUGCCAUCUAUCCAUUAUGAUAGGUCAGCUACUUAUGGUGGACAGGGUGUCUCUUCUCAAUACUUUCCAUCCUACUAUACUCGGUAGUUUUUAGGUCUCUGUCUCUGUCUCUCUUGGUCUGUCUGUCUCUCUCUCUCUGUGCACUGUAUUUAGCAAUUUCCAAAGGGGCAGUGCUGGUCAUACAAAAGUAUGCCUGACUCUUGUGAUUGCUUUUGUUGUGCACAGGUAGAUGUUAUCUUCACACCAGGUCUGAAUACUGUUAUUAUUUGAUCUCUCGGAGAAGUUUUUAGCGACGAUUGAUUUAAAUCAGCUUGUUCUUAUCCUUUUUCAGCAUCGAGAAAGUAAUACAGAAGAUGUAUAUAAUUGUCUUUCUUUCUA